CCCGUUUAACAUUUCCACGGUGACAACCUCUCAGCGGGAGAAUCUCCUUGGCGACGCCCUGCGCUGACACGCCUGGAUGUGGCCGUAUGAAGGCAGGUGCAUCCUGUUCACAAGGGGUGGCCUGCUCUUGCGCCUGCAUGGGAACAUCCCUGCCGCGCUGAACGCCCGAUAAGAACAUUCCCAGAUAGUUUUGUUUUGCUCCUGCAAGGAAAUUCAAGGUUCUCUCACGAGGGCCCUCAAUGUAGCCUUCAGUGUAAUCUGGGGAAGUCAAACACGGCGGACCUUGAAGCAGCCAUGGAGCACUUUGGACUUGAACCCUUUGACAACCAACAAGUGGACUACAGGAGGAUCGUGGGAGACACCCAGCCGCUGCGUAUAGUCUCUCACAGGGAGGACGAACACUUUGUGCGGCAGAUUCUGCACGGGCACGGGCACGAAACGGCGGCCCAGAGGUACAGCGCCACUCGCAUCCAGGCUGGUCUCGGACCCGAGAGCAUGGCGGAUUACUUAAUCAGCGGCGGCACAGGAUACGUCCCCGAAGAUGGACUCUCGGCACAGCAGCUCUUCUCCAUCGGCGACGGCCUGACAUACAACAGAUGUGACCAACAACAGUGCGUUGUCUCCGACGGUCAAACGGCUGAAGAGCUUUGCUCUAAAGGAGAUGGGUUGACGUGCAAUGACUUCCUGAUCUUACCUGGCUUCAUUGACUUCACCUCAGACGAAGUGGACCUAACAUCUGCACUGACCAGGAAGAUCACGUUGAAGACUCCCCUCAUCUCCUCGCCAAUGGACACCGUCACAGAGUCUGCAAUGGCCAUAGCAAUGGCGCUAAUGGGAGGCAUUGGCUUCAUCCACCACAACUGCACGCCUGAAUUCCAAGCCGAUGAGGUCCGCAAGGUCAAGAGGUUCGAGCAAGGUUUCAUCACAGACCCGGUGGUGAUGAGCCCACGCCAAACAGUGGGCGAUGUGCUCGAGGCCAAAGUGCGACAUGGCUUCUCGGGCAUCCCGGUCACCGAGACAGGCAAGAUGGGCGGCAAGCUCGUGGGCAUUGUCACCUCCAGGGACAUAGACUUCCUGUCUGAAAAGGACCACAGCAAACCGCUAGCGGAGGCAAUGACAAAGAGAGAAGAGCUGGUCGUCGCUCGAGCUGGCGUCACCCUGAAAGAAGCUAAUGACAUUCUGCAACGCAGCAAAAAAGGCAAGCUUCCCAUCGUGAACGACGACGACGAGCUGGUGGCCAUCAUUGCAAGGACGGACCUGAAGAAAAACAGGGACUACCCGCUGGCCUCCAAAGACUCCCGCAAACAGCUGCUGUGCGGCGCCGCCAUCGGCACCCGGGACGACGACAAGUAUAGGCUGGACCUCCUGGUGCAGGCGGGUGUGGAUGUGGUGGUCUUGGACUCUUCACAAGGCAACUCCGUGUUUCAAAUCAACAUGAUCAAUUACAUCAAGCAGAAACAUCCUGAAUUGCAGGUGGUAGGAGGAAAUGUGGUGACGGCGGCUCAAGCUAAGAAUUUGAUUGAUGCCGGUGUAGAUGCUCUGCGGGUCGGCAUGGGCUGCGGCUCCAUCUGCAUCACGCAGGAAGUCAUGGCGUGCGGGAGGCCCCAGGGGACUUCUGUUUACAAAGUGGCCGAGUACGCCAGGCGCUUCGGUGUACCUGUCAUCGCAGAUGGCGGCAUUCAGACAGUGGGUCACGUAGUGAAGGCGCUGUCGCUUGGAGCGUCCACUGUGAUGAUGGGCUCGUUGUUGGCGGCGACCACCGAGGCUCCUGGCGAGUACUUCUUCUCUGACGGUGUGCGGCUAAAGAAAUACCGUGGCAUGGGCUCCCUGGAUGCUAUGGAGAAGAGCACCAGCAGCCAGAAACGCUACUUUAGCGAGGGUGACAAGGUGAAGGUGGCCCAGGGGGUAUCGGGCUCGGUGCAGGACAAGGGCUCCAUCCACAAGUUUGUACCGUACCUCAUAGCUGGCAUUCAACAUGGCUGCCAAGACAUCGGAGCCAAGAGUCUGUCUGUCCUGCGUUCCAUGAUGUACUCUGGCGAGCUCAAGUUUGAGAAGCGAACUACGUCUGCACAAGUGGAGGGAGGCGUUCACGGACUCCACUCUUACGAGAAGCGUCUUUACUGAGGAUCAGCGCUCGACUCGACCCUAUUUAAAAGUGACCAAACGUUUACCCGCUACAUCUGCAACCACACACCUGUGCAUUCACCAAGUUUGACAGACGCUCCCUAGGGGCUUCAGACUACACUCAAUGUUUGGGCACUUUGCAUUUGAGAAGCGGAGCAUCAGGGUUUCCCAAUCAAACGCACGCACACACAAGCUACUUUUUGACACAAACGUAGCGGUACACAUUAGUGUGUCAUAUUGUGACUCUUGAGGUACGACAUCUUGUUUACUUUGGACCCCAGCCUCCCUGACGCCGCCUACAAUCAGCAGAACAUACCUCCAGCGUCCCAACUCACUUUAACACAUCGAUAGCACCAAAAACUGAAAAUCAGGUAUGUUUCCACAAGUGGCGACUUCUUUAUAUGAAAAAAGUAUAUAGUCUUAAGCAAGGGAUGCUUUGCAUUGAGCUUGAAGGGUUUUGAUAUGCAUGUUUGUUUUUUUUCACGGGCCAAACACGGCUGUAUUUUUAUUCGGCUUUGUUGUAAAUGCAUACUUACUGCCAGGUGUAUUUAUACUCUUCUUUUUGUAACCUCAAUACCAAAUUUAGCGGCUGUCACCUACCUUGUAUUCCGCUCAUUACCGCCUUUAGCUUGGUUGUUCUUUUUAGUAAAUUGCUUUUACCUGACAAAUGCCUUGACAAGUGGACGGGUGAACUUUUGCUCUUCGUCUUUGUUACAAAAAAACGACUAGUCGCUGUUGUUUUACGUUUAGCCAACAUUCCACCGGUUUCGUACUGGAUGUGGCCUUUUUGUAAGGCUCACUUUGCGACCUUGCUAAAAUACUUUUGCUCGAUUAACACGGGAAAACAAUCUGCUUCUGUUCACAUGUGAAGACUUACCCAAAUAUAGAGAAUUUUUAAGCAUCAGCUGUUGAGCCCAGAACUGAGACUAUCUUUAUAAUCCAGUUUUUUUGGGGAGAAUAUCUUGACAAUACAUGUUUACUCUGCAAGGAGAAAUUUAUUUUCCUGUUCAGUUUAGUGAAUCUUGAAUAAAGAACUCAAAAUAAA